AUGGAGCUCACCAACAGAACCAUUGUGACCAGGAACUACAUCGAUGGUGCCCCAAAGGAGUCCGACUUCGAGGUGAGGUCCCGAGUCGUGUCCCUGUCGCGCGAGCCAGCUGGAUCGGUCAUCGUCAGGUCGCUCUACGUCUCGAUAGACCCUUACCAGCUCACCCGCAUGAAGAGCGACAGCUCCUCCCAGAGUUACAGCAGCUUGGCCACAGGCAUUGCUCCCGGAGAGGAGGUUGAUUGCUAUGGAGUUGGCAAAGUUGUGGCUUCAGGGGACCCUGAAUUUGAGGAAGGUGACUUGGUGGGUGGACUUCUGGCAUGGGGAGAGUACUGUGUCUUGAAGCCUGGAGCCAUGUUCAGGAAACUUGACCCCAUGGGGUUCCCUUUGUCACACCAUGUUGGUGCUUUAGCAUUCAGCGGGCUGACAGCAUACGCGGGGCUGUUCGAGGUGGGGAAGGCCAAGAAAGGGGAGAAGGUGUUCGUGUCCGCGGCUUCUGGUUCUGUUGGACAUUUGGUUGGGCAGUUUGCUAAGCUCCAUGGCUGCUAUGUGGUUGGCAGUGCAGGGAGCAAAGCAAAAGUAUGA